AUGUCUAAUAACGUUUACAUUGUUUCAGCAAAGAGAACUCCGAUCGGGUCCUUCCAAGGUUCAUUGGCCUCCAAGACAGCCAUUGACUUGGGUGCCAUCGCUUUGAAAGGUGCUAUGGAACAGGUCCCUCAAUUGAAUCCAGAUUCCGACUAUGAUGAAAUUAUUUUCGGUAAUGUGCUUUCUGCCAAUCUAGGUCAAGCACCUGCAAGACAGGUGGCACUUGCUGCAGGGUUAAACAACAGCAUUGUGGCUACUACUGUGAAUAAAGUGUGUGCCUCAGCUAUGAAAUCUAUCAUCUUAGCCGCUCAAACAAUUAAAUGUGGGAAUGCUGAUGUUGUUAUUGCUGGUGGUUGUGAAUCCAUGACUAACACACCUUAUUAUAUGCCUGCCGCUAGAUCUGGGGCCAGAUUCGGUGAAACAACUCUUGUGGAUGGGGUCCAAAGGGAUGGUUUAAAUGAUGCCUAUGAUGGUUUGGCUAUGGGUGUCCAUGCUGAAAAAUGUGCUAAGGAUCAUAAUGUCUCUCGUGAAGAACAAGACCAAUUUGCCAUCGAUUCAUAUCAAAAAGCACAAGCUGCACAAAAUGACGGGAAAUUUUCUAGCGAGAUAGUGCCAGUGACCAUCAAGGGAUUUAGAGGGAAACCUGACACUGAGGUUACUAAAGAUGAAGAACCAAGUAAAUUAAACGUGGAAAAAUUAAGAGCAGCUAGAACAGUUUUCCAAAGAGAAAAUGGUACUGUCACCGCACCAAAUGCAUCUCCAAUUAACGAUGGUGCUGCUGCAGUCAUUCUAGUAUCUGAAAGAAAGUUACAAGAGUUGAAGUUGACACCCUUGGCUGUCAUUAGGGGUUGGGGUGAAGCCGCUCAACAUCCUGCUGAUUUUACAUGGUCUCCUUCAUUAGCUGUUCCAAAGGCAUUAAAGCAUGCAGGUAUUUCCGAUAUACAAUCCGUUGAUUUCUUUGAAUUUAAUGAGGCUUUCUCCGUUGUAGGAAUUGCUAAUACAAAGAUUCUAAAGUUAAAUCCAGCUAAAGUUAAUGUUUAUGGUGGUGCAGUUGCCAUUGGUCAUCCUCUUGGUUGUUCAGGUGCUAGAAUUGUAGUUACUUUGCUAUCUAUAUUACGUCAAGAAAAGGGUAAGCUUGGUGUUGCUGCUAUCUGUAAUGGUGGUGGUGGUGCCUCUUCCAUUGUCAUUGAAAGACUAUAG